CUUAGCAGUGUCAAGCCUCACAGCUGUCAAACAUGAAGAUAAAAACAAGCGCGUACACAGUGCUUCGGUUCUCCCUACUAAUUAUUGGGUUCUCUCUGGUCUGCCUGGGAGCCUUCUUUGUAUCUUCCAGCUAUGUGUGUAAUUGUAAAAGAGAGAUAAUCGUGGCAUACACUUUGUUGCCAGCAGGAUUUAUUCUGCUUUUAGUUGGAGUUUUUUGGAGCACAUAUCAUGAGGCCAACCACAAAAGUCUGUUUCAUAAUAUGAUCAGGCGAAUCCACAGUCAACAAGAAGUACAUAUUGAGACAAUAGACAGGUAUGUUAAUAAUAAUAUAAAAGUAUUUAACUAGGGAGGAAGGAUUUAUCUAUUGCUAGUUUUCCAGUAUGUACUGAGCUUUAGAUGUUAUUAUUACCUAACGCAAUAAUAUUCAUUUUGUUGAACUUGGAAAAAGUCUAGGCUGAGCUAAGCUUAAUCUAAAAUACUUCCAAAAUGUAAUCAAACAAAAUGUUUUACCACAACUAAAAAUAUUGUUUCUCGGUUCUACCAAAUUGCAUUGUUCUAGAUCAGGGGCAGGCAACCUUUGGCACUCCAGAUAUUUUGGACUACAUCUCCCAUAAUGCUCUUCCAGCCACAAUGCUGGCAAAGCAUCAAGGGAGAUGUAGUCCACAACAUCUGGGGUGCUGAAGGUUGCCUAUCCCUGUUCUAGAUCUUUAACAGUAAAUUUCUUCCAAAUUGUAUUUUAUACAGAAUUACCUCCCAAACUGUUUUUAUUCAUUGCUUCUUCUCACUUAAUUGUUAUAUAGUUAUUUACUGAAGUGAGAUGUCAAAGUGAAUUUUAAAAUUUGCAGUUAACUAUGCUUUCACAUCUGCUGCUCUGGCCUCAAAUUUGAAAUUCACUUUAGUAAAUAACCCUGUAAGUUUUUGGCGUAAUAAUACUGCACAUAUAUGUGUGGGCAUACAAGGGUUCUUUAAUUGGAUAUAUGUUUUUUAUAUGUGUGAAUGUGUAUAUAUAUGUAUAUAUAUAUACAUAUAAUAGAAAUUCCUUGCACUCAAGCUGUAGUUUUCUUGUAAUGCCGGGUGCCAAAGCCUAUUUAACAUUAUUCAUGUAAUGCUUGCGUUAUAUCAUCCAAUAUAUUUAACUUGCUUGUUUUAUCAUUUCAGACCAGAUUUCUAUCCACCCUCAUAUGACAGUGUAAUUCAAGAAAUUCAGCUACAACCAGACAGCAAUGAUGUAAUUGCAGCUGAAGAAUACCUGAAUAUUCCUCCUCCUUUAUACACAGAGAGCUCCAUGGACAUUGUGAAUGAAACCUACUCCAGCCAAGAGCUUCCACCCUCAUACGAAGCAUCGGUGCAGCCAACCAACUCAGACACGGGAUCCAGCACAGAAGGGGAUUCUUGUCCAAUCCAUGUAAAUAAUGUGGAAACAAGUAACUGAUUAAUCAAGUGUUUUUAUUAACCAAAUUACGAAGCUGAGCAUGUCACGCCAAAUACGAUCCAGGCUCUCUGCUGUGUGAAGGCAGUGCGUCCGUGCACCUGCUGAUAGAACGAGCUCUUCAGAUGUUCGUGAAUCUCACUCACAGCACAGCGAGAAGCAUUUACCUGAGUGAUGACAGCAUUGACGGGGAAUGUGGAGUAGUAUACCUGUGAAUCUGAGUUAGCUAAAUAGAAAAAGCAGUGUCUUUCCAUCAUUUAUUGCAGUACCACCAUGAAUUCUUUACAGAUGCAUGCAGAUAUAUACAGGUAUACCUAUCUGAGUGGAGCCAAGACCAUUUGAGAAAGGAGAAUAGCUAGAUAGUACAACAGGUGUAGCGAACAGACUUAUUAUACAAACACACUGGUUACCAGUUGAUAGAUUGUGUUUUUUCUAUAUGAACCUUUAUAGAACAUACAUGCGAUCAGCUGUAUACAAAGACAUAUGUCUUCUCAGACACUGUUUGGAUCUAGCUACCCUGUGCGUCUUUUCACUAAUCAGUGAGUAAUGAUGAGCUAAAACAAAACUUAAUAAUUUAGGUCUAGAUACAGAGGAGAUGGAGACUGAUUUUAUAUUUUACAAGUCAUCUCAACUGGUCAUAGCUCACGGUUUGGUGAUAUAAUCCCUAUAUAUGACUUUUUGUAUAUCUGUUCUGUUGUUUGUCCUACAGUGGGGAAAAAGCACAGACGUGUUAUAGGGAUAUCAAACAGACUAAUAGAACUGGAUGUCUUGUUAGUUGGAAAUAGUUGCACUAAAAGGUUGAAAAAUAAAUAUAUUUGAGGUCUGUGACUCUAUUCAUUAAGUUUACUGAUAUUUUAUUUAUAUGAGUGAUAUUUUUCAAUGUAUGCUUUGUUUAGUAACCCCUUUAGAACUGUAUAGAGUGCAAUCUUAUUAUGAAAGUCCUGACAGGUUCUCGGCAAUGCAGGGCAAAUAACUUCUUUCUUUCAUACACAAAUAACAACUGUCACAGAAAUUUCUGAAAUUGAAAGCAGUCGAAAAUAUGUGUCAUAUUUUGUAAUAUUCUGAACAAGCACUUAGAAGUUAUCCAAGCAAGUUAUGAGUAAACACUUUUUGCCGAAUGUUAUUGUAAGAGACACUAGAGUCAGACACACAACGGCAUAUCAAAAAACAAGACAAACAUACAUAAAGGGCAUUGAUGCAAGACUAUAUCAAAUGUUAUUUUUUUUGUAUAGUUACAUAAAAAAAAUGUUUAUGCAAUAUGGAUGUUAAUGUUUUUAAUUUAAAUAUUUUUGUGUACAUAUCCUUCCCGUUUGUAAUAUGUAUGUCUGUGUAUGUAUAUAUAAGCAUGUGUACAAAGUUUUACUGUUGCAAUGGGCAUUUAAUUUGCAAUGAACC